UGCGCAGCAGCACCACACUGGCCUCGGUCGUCCCGCAGCAUCUAUCUCUUCCAACAUCAUCAUCGUUCCGGGCUCGCUUGCGCCGCUGCGUCUAUCUAUUCGACAUCCCACUGCCUCCACGUCGCCGCCUCGUGUCUUCUGCCAGUGCACCCUCGACUGUGCCACUGGUGCACAGCCCUCGAUCCUGAGCGAUGCGCGAGUCCAACUUCAGCAAUGCAGCGCAGAACAAGGCAUGUGUCACCGUGUCGGCGACGCUCUAUGACCGGAGAGCGAUCGACUGCACGGCAACGCUGCCGCUGAUCAACUCGCUGAACCACCUCGCGUACCUCACCUCGACGUCGCCUCGCAUCCGCGAGAUGGUCACCGUCGAUGGCGGCCUCGAGCGGCUGAUCCGGAUCCUGCGGCAAGUGCCCAAGGCGCCUUCUGCUGCCGCCGCGCGUGCCGGUGCAGGCUCCAAGGAGCUGCAGGCCUGCUGGAAGUGGAGUCUGGCCUUUCAGUGCGUCAUCAACAUCGGCGUGCGCGGCAGCGAGUCGGUGCGUACGCGCGUCGUGGAGGCGGGCAUGGUGCCCAUCACGGUGCGCGUGCUUGAGAACUACCUGCGUGCCAUGGACAUGGCGCGCGAGGAGCGCAAGCGCGACGCCCACCAGUCGCGCUCGCGCACUGAGCGCCGCUCCGUCGAGGGCCAGCACGCAGAGGCCUACGCGCGCGCUGAGGGCGACGAGGCGCGCCGCCUGUCAACUCGUCGCGGUGCGCUGCGCGACGGCGCCGCAGCGGCGCUCUUUGCGUCGAUGGCCGUCGGCGAGCGGGGCGCAGAGGCAAACGCUGCGCCAGCUCUGGGCGAUGGCGCGGCUCCGGCGCAGCAGCUGCGCUACGUGCAGCCCGUCGCGAGCCCGGUACCUGCCUCGCUCCGCCAACGACGAUCGUCGACUCGCGAAACUGCGCCCUCGACCGAUGAUUCGUACCCAGACCUCGGGUCAGGCGACUCCAGCAGCAUGCCGAUGGAGGUCGAGACGCGGCCGACGACGCCCGCAGAAGGCGACGAGGUGCUCGGCGCCGGCGAAGCGUCCUACAUGCGUGCCGGCAGCUCAGAUCGGCGACACGAGGGCGCCUCGGCAACGGGCAUGCCUGUCGCUGUGCCUAUGCCGAUCCUCUCCGACAUGCCCAGUGGACCGAUGGACAGCGACGACGCUGAGAGUCUCCACGUGGACGUCUCGCCAUCAACGUCCGCGUCGAGCACCAUGCCGGCAUCUGUCGAGUCGAUCGAGGGCGCAGCUCAGCGCACAGCGCCCAUGUCGCGCUCCGGCACCCUCACAAACGUUAGCUCAGUCGAAGACUUUGCAGCGGCCAGCGGCAGCGGCAGCGAGGGCGCAGACGAGACGGAUCCAUUUGGCGACGAGGACGACAGCGAAAUGGACGCCGCCGAGGCCUCCAGUGCAGCAGCGAUGGAAGAGAUCGAGGAGCGGCAAACACCGCGGCCCAUCCGGCGUGCCCUCGCACCUCUGACAGAGGCCGAGCUGCACACCAUCGCCACGCCGCGCUGGCAUGCUCCGACGCACGAAAGCAUCCCGGUGCAACGACAGGAGACCGUCACGCCGGCGCAGGUGCGCUCGAGCCGCGGCACCUCCGCCAUCACGCCGCGCAACCUGCAGCAGCACCACGAGCACCAGCAGCAGCUGCAGAUGCACGCAGCACACCAACAUCCCCACGCAGCGCAGCCACAACAGCCUCAUCACCACCACCACCACCACCACCAGUCCGCAGCGCACGCCGAGACGCGUGAGCAGCGCCACGAGCGUCACGAGCGUCAGCGCCAGCAGGCUCGUGCCGCUGCGGCACAAGCAGCGGCCGCCGCUGCGCAGAUGGACCCCACUGUCACUCCCGAGGAGCAGCGCCAGCUCGAGGCUCGUCGCGCCUACUACCAGGCGCAGCUGAUGCACCAGCAGCAGCGCCACGCACUCGCUCAGCAGCAACAACAGCGGCAAUCGCAGCCUGCCCCAGACGCCGCCGCACAGCAGGCUCUGGAAGCUCAGCGGCAACGUCGCGAGCAGCGCGCCAUGCUGGCGGGAGACGUGCCGAUGCAGACGCGCGAAGUCGAGACGCACUCGCCGGUGCAGCACCGCCACCGUCACCGUGCGGCCGACCCGGAGGCGCCGCUCACUGCUCGGCCGUCGCCUCGUCCGGCCAACGUGCACUCGCACCGCGGCAGCGGCCUGCUCACUGGCCGCGGCAUCGCCGAGGGCGAGAUGAUAUACCGCGAGGAGGAGGUGCUGCUCAGCCUGCAGCUGCUCGCUUACCUCUCCAAGUACGGACACGUGCGCGCCCUCAUGCACAAUCCGGAGCUCUCCGGGCGGCCGGAGCCAGGCUCGGUCGAAGAGCUGACGAGCUUGUUCGGCCUGCGCUCGGGACCGGUGGAGCCGCCGCAGGUCGAGAGCUGGUCGCCGGACAUGCCCGUGCGGGCCAACGUCUUUGCCAUCACAGAGCGAUACACAAUCCGCUCGUCGCGCAGCAGCGUCAACCAGGCCACGCACGGCAAGCUGGCCGCGGAGAUCCAGUACUGGGCCGGCGUCAUCAUGCGCAACGCGUGCCGCAAGGACGAGCUGCGCGGCGGCGUGCGCCAGUGCGCCAACAUGCAGUGCGGCAAGUGGGAGACGUACCCGCGCGAGUUUGCCAAGUGCCGGCGCUGCCGCAAGUGCAAGUACUGCUCCAAGCAGUGCCAAAGCAAGGGCUGGCAGGCGGGACACCGCUUCUGGUGCAGCUCUCGCAUGGAGGAGGCCGAAGCAGCGCGCCAGCGCUCUGGCCCUUCCGGCGCCCCGACUGCUGGCACCGGCGUCGAUGCCGAUGUCUCUCUAGAAGAGCCCGCCGACGAGGCAGCCGGCGGAGCCAGGACGCCGCCGGAUGCCGAAGCCACGACUGGCAACGACACGCCCAACGACGGCAACAUGCCGCAAGACGCCGAACAGGCAGCCGUGCUCGCGCAAGCUGCAGCGCAGCUGCGGACGCACGGCGCACGUCCGGCUCAGCCAGAUGCUCAGCGCCAGCGCACCCGCCGACAGGCGGCGCCCGCACCUGAUCCGCGUCAGCAAGCCGAGGAGCUGCAGACGCAGCGGCCGCCUCGGCUGCAGCAGCGCGUCCGCAUGGAGCGGCCCAAUUCCAGCGAGCAAGGCCGCUUCCACCCUGUCGCACCGCCAGACUCCAGCGACAUGCCUGCCUCUGUCGCCGCCGUCGGCCUCGGCGUUGCGCCGCGUGGUCCUCGCCCGUCGGCUAUCCCGGUCCACGUCGCCGAGCUGUCGCGCCCAGUGUCGCGCGCCAGCAGCGGCGAGACGUCCGAUCAGAGCGACGAGGAGAUGGAGCGUGCCGCGCGCCGUCUGCCGAACGCCCUCGGCGCGGCCGCAGCGAGAGGCAGCCCUCUCGCUGCGCAGCGCUACGAAGAGGAGGAGGACGCGCAGCUCAGCGCUCACGCUCCUGGCCGUGGACCGCCGCGGGCGCAGCCACGCACCGACCUCGCCGGUCGGCCUCUGCCGCCGCCAGCUAUUGCUCAGCACGACGUUGGCGCUGUCGAGCAGGACCUCCUGGCCCUCGGCGGCCGCUUCACGCCUGGCCUCGGCGAUGCAGCCGAACAGGCCGUCUUUGGGCGCGGCGACUUCGACCAGAUGAUCUGGCGCGGCCACACGCCCGGCCCAGCGGAGCGGGACGACGCAAGCGACGCCGCGACAGACCAGGAGAUGCUCCCGCCGACCGCCUCAGCGCCAGCGCCGCUGCGUGCUCCCCUCGCUCGCCAGGCCCAGCGCUUCGUCAGCCUGGCAAGCGGAGCAGGCGCCAGCAACAACGCGCACGAGCACGUCGUGCCCACGGCGCCGCGCAUCGCAUCAGGAGCCUUUGGCGCCUCCAGCAGCGGCCUGGGCUUCGCCACGCCGUCGCGUUCGCUCGUCUACGCCGGCCUGGAGCAGCGGCGCGUGCCGAGUCAUCUCGUCACGGGCCGCGCGCCGCGUUCCGCCUCUGGCCUCGCCACGGCCCCCGCUCACGCCCAGAGCUUCCUAGGCCAGAGCCGCCUGGCCCACGGCGCCGUGCACAUGAGCGCCUCGCAGACGGCAUCGCCCACCGGCCACGCCGAGUCGCCGCAGCUGCAGCAGCUGGAGCAGCCCCACGACCGCGAGGAGCGCAUGCGCCAAGAGGCGCAGUGGCAGCAGUGGGCACAGCAGCAGCAGCAGCAGGUGAUGCCGCACUCGCAGGCCACGCCUGUCGCCACGCCAGCGACCCUCGCCAACGAGCCGCAGCAGGCAGCCGAGCCAGAGCUUGCGCGCUACCAGUACAUGGUGCCCGGCGAGCACGAGCUGCUGCGUGCCCAGCUGGCGCGCCAGCACGCCGACAUGGAGUACGAGAACUAGCCACGCCCUGCCACUUGCGGCGUCCAUAGGUCACUUGCCCCCUCGCUCCGAGUCCCACAUCCGCUCGGCAGCCUCCCCAUUCCCAUACCAUCCACACAUUCCCACUCCAUUCCAGCAUCUCCAGCAUCAGACCGUGGCCGCCCCCCGCUUCAUCCUCUCGUGCACUACACCAACCCUUCA